UGCUGCAAACCAAUACAUUUCUAAAAAGAUACCCAGGAGGAGUGUGCCGUUGAGGCAAUGUCCUGUAUCCUUACUGAUAGAACAGUUUCCCAGGCAUAGAACAUCCGGUGCAUGAAAAGCAGUUCCCUACAAUAGCUCGUACUAUGCUUGCUCCCUUGGAAAUAGUCGAUGUCAAGACACUUGUUCCUAGCCCUCUCGAAAGCCUUGGGAGGUUGCCCCCAUCGAUGUCGUCCACCGCUAUCUCGAGUAGCUCUUCAACCCGGGGGACGCAGAAUGUCCGUCGUUGCAGACUGUCCACCAAAGUCGUCAUAUCGCCCAAGCAAUCCGCUUUGCAAUGGUACAGAAGACUGCACUACGCGGAAUUUGCGUAUGGGCGAAUAUUUAUCACGAAAGGGAUUGCGGAGGGUGCGGGACCGCCGCACAGAGCGCGUUUUGAAUCCUGACCGCCAUCCAACGUAUGGCCAAACUAACCGACGUACGCAAGGCUACCACUCUGCUACAUUCCCAUUAAUUUCGGAGGAGAGCGCUCAUGAUGCUGCAACAGUUCAUCUGAGUAAACCACCAAGCAUGAGUGCUGAGGUCACAGCUGAAGCGGUCACUCAAGCCUGGCAACGUUUUAGAGCGUUGUUAAUUGAAAGGGGUGGGGAAGGCGAUAAUAUACCGGUGGAGUUGCUACGCGACAUCUUCCACACAUUGGCAAAGGGAAUGAUGCGGAAACGCCGAUCGGCAGAAUAUUUGAGGACAGUGGCAGGAUAUAUGCGUCAAAAGGGAGUUAUGUUCUUUUCUGAAGAACUGGAAUAUCUAGUCGCGGCGCAGCGCAUCUUGCGAAACUGGGGGGAGGCGUUAGAGGUCUUGGAUUCAUUGGAGAAGAUGAGAAGACCGGAUGAUCCUCCAUGGCGAUUGGGAACAUAUGAAGCUGGAAUGCGAGCACAUAUCAAACAGGGCAAUAUGGGGUUGGCCAUGGGGCUCCUAGAUCGUAUGGAAAAGGAUCGUAUCCGGCCCACUGCCAGAAUAUUUGCCACACUAAUUGACGGAGCAAUAACUGGAGAUGACGUUUCGCUAGCGCUUAACCUCUUCCAGCGAAUGUCGGAUAAGGGCGUUAGUCCGGAUGCACGAUCAUUGGCUCUUCUUUUAACUGCAUUUCGAAAUGACGAAGAGAAGUUGAAGAGAUUAUACCAGAUGGCAAGCGAAUCGAGUCUUAUAGAUCUUCCCACCAAUCCGGUUUUCCAACAGUCGCUGAUAUCAGUCAGCAGUCGACUAGGAGAUUUGGAGCUGGCAUUCAAGCACCUGAUGUUUAUGAAAGACAGCUGUGCCGAUCCAUCCUACCAAGUGGCGGGAUAUACGAUGCUAAUUGAUGGGUUUCUGAAGCGGGAUCAAAUUCCAAAGCGGGGGAUGAAAAUGGCCGAGGACUUGUUCGAGGAGAUGAAGCGGAGCGGACUGAGGCCAAAUCUGAAGACUUACACCGUGCUCAUGCAUGGUUAUUUGAAAUUCAAAGGAUUGCAUCGGGUUGUUCAAUGUUUCGAAGAGUUGGUGGCGGAAGGCUUGCAACCUGAUCAGACGAUAUACAAUAUCGUACUUCGAGCAUGCGUCUUGCACGGCGAUAUUCGGAAGAUGGAGGAUGUGUUUCAGAAUUUGCUGGAUUCCGGCUUACAGCCCAAUCUGCACAUUCUAUCGUCGCUGAUGGCGGGGUAUGUUGUAUACCACCAAUUGAAUCGAGCGAUGGAAGUUUUCGAGUCAAUGGGAAGCUAUGGCCUUAAACCUGAUGUUGUUGCGUUUAACAUUAUCAUCAACGGACACGGGUUGCAGCAGGACCUGCCCGGUGUGAUGCGAUGUUGGCAACAAAUGCUGGACCACGGAAUGCAGCCGAACCAUAUUACCUACACCAGUCUCCUCCAAGCGUUGUCAACGAUGUUGGAUCCGGACGUUCCUAAAAUGCAUCAAAGAAUUUUCGCGACUGAGGUCAAGCCCGAUGUAUACGCUUACACUCUACUGAUUGACGACCGACUACGCCGUGGCCAGCUACUUGGUGCACAGCAGCUAUUUGACGAUUUUCUUGCUACGGGUACAAAGCUUAAUUCCGUCGCAUUCACAACAUUGAUGAAUGCCUACAUUGGGGAACGAAAUCAUGGGCCAGUGGCAGAGCUGUUUCAACGAUUGACGGAGCAAGGAGGAUUAAUCGAUGGCCCGGUGUAUCAUGUUUUGAUGCGAAUGUUGGUCAACGCGAAUCGUCCACAGGAGGUGGAAAGAAUUUGGGCCAUGAUGAAGGGAGAACGUAUUGAUCCGGACAAGGGGAAUUAUGCCAUUGCCAUGCAAUCGUAUCUCCAACUGUGGGAUGUUGCUAAAGUGUGGGAACUUUUAGACGAGAUGAAAUCGAAGCAUAUCUAUCCAGAUGAGCACGUCUAUCAUCUCGUGAUUAAGGGGUUUGUAGGGCGUUGGACAACUCCAGGGGCGCGUGCUGCUGUACAAGCGUACAAGAUGAUGCUAGCGGAGGGGGUCAUUCCUGCUCAAGUCACAUUCCGGAUACUGAUAGUCAUGGCGUGCCGGAGACGAGAUCAGGAGGCCCUUUUACGUUUUGUUCGAGACGCGAUGGCCAUGGGGCGGAUGAGAGCGUUGGAUGGGCAGCUGCGGCGAACAGUGUGGAAUUUCCUCGUGGAUACUCGCGAAUUGGCGGGCGUGAUGGAGAUGGCGGACGUAUGCAUUAAGAUGGCCGUGUUGGAUGAUGUUUUGGUUGUUAUUAACCGACUGGCGGCAACGCGAGAUGUGGAAGGUAUUAUUGAAUGUUGGGAUAAGUUCGCGAGCAGCAGUUCGGGACGAAUUCAUGAUGAAAUCGUGAGCGAGGUUUUGGAAAUCGUUGCGAUUCGAUGCAAUGCGCCAACAGAGGCAAAGCAGCUGUGGAAUAAUCUCGUGAGCGGAAAGUACUCUGCUGUUUCUCGGACGAUGGCGGUGGGGACGGUAGUGAUGUAUUUACGAGCCCUGGCGUAUUGGGACGAGACUGAGGCAUUGAUUAAGAUGUGUACGUGUGGUUUGGUUGAGCUUGGUUUGAAAACCUCAGCUGUGGAGAAAGUAUUAGAGGAAUGCUUCAAAUUCAUGAGGUGGAAGCUGGGCAACAACCUGGAGCAAGUGACUGAGUUUUGGAAGGCACGGGACGAGGUCGAUAUUAACAAGAUUGCUGCGGUUCCAUGAGCCAUCUUGGUCCAUGUAAUUAUAUUUAAGGCGUGCACGCGGAUUAGUGAAGAAUACCUAGUGCCAUCCAUAUAUGUGCCUUUAUUCGUAUUAGCCAAACUGCUGGUGAUUGAGAUCAAUCUCGUUGCUCAUGUAACAAUUGUUCUGGGAAUAAACCACGUGACCUCUCUGCUGACUAA